UUUGGCCUCACUUACCUCGCCAAGAAAACCGAGACUCCUGGAAGAUUUGUCUUCUACAGCCAGCGUUGGGGAAAUGACAAUGACAUGCGCGUGGUUGACGCCAAAUUUGACGAGUACGCUAUUUUUCAUACCAUCAAGACCAAAGGAGGAGUAUCUGAGAUCCUCAACAAACUCUACAGUCGCACUCCAGAAAUGGUCGAUGACUUGAAGGAGAAGUUCAGGCAGUUUUGUAUGGACACUGGCAUCCUUGAGGAAAACAUUGUCAUGCUUCCACAAAACGGAGAAUGCUCAGUUGCCGAAUAAGCGCCUCGUCAAGCAAAGACAAAGACAGCUUCAGCCGGUCCACUCAUUUCAGCCAAAAAACAGAUCUGAAUUUACUGUCGGCUUGGUUUUGGUCUCUUUCACUUUGUAUGGAAACAUUCUUUGUGCCUUGAACACAGUCGUGUGUGUGUGCUCUAUUGAUAGACCACUUUGCAACUACAGAGUAAUCAAAAGCAGAGGGGAGAGAAUGGCAAAGUAUUUCCUUACCAAAAUGAUGUGUUUUGAACUCAAUUUAUCAUGUUCUAGAUUGAUGUGUCAUGUUUUUAGUGCCAAUGUUAGCUAACAUGUCUGAUUACCAUUAUGGCACACCACCUGUAAGACUUUUAUAAGCUGUGCUUCAUUUGAUCUUUGAUGGUUUUGUUUACUGCUGAUUGAUUAAAUUGGUUUACAAAA